AUGGCAGCACAAUCAAAGCCGGUACAGCAACAGCAGCUCACCGCGUUCGGCUACGCCCUCGCCGGAGCUCUCGGUGGCUGCUUCAGCAAUGCUGUCGUGUACCCAUUAGAUACGAUCAAGACUCGGAUUCAGGCCGCUAAUGUUGACGAUAACGCGGACGGGAGCCCCUCGGAUCUCUCUGUCACAGGUCUUCUCGCUCGCAUCUUCAAAGAAGAAGGCGUAGCAGGAUACUACAGAGGAUUCGGAGCAACGAUGCUGAACACCUUUUCGAUGCAGUACGCGUACUUCUUCUUCUAUUCGCUCGUGCGCAUGUCCUACAUCAAACGCCUCGCAGCCCGUCGCCCUGCCGGCGCCUCCGCGCCCCCGCUCUCGACCGCCGCAGAACUCGCCCUCGGCGCGCUCGCGGGCGCACUCGCGCAGGUGUUCACGAUCCCCGUGGCCGUCAUCGCGACGCGGCAGCAGAUCGGGCACUCCCUCGACAAGCGGAAGGGUAAGGGCAAGGGCAAGGCUGUGGACUCCACGAGCGAGAACGGGGUCGCGGAUGCGGAGAAGGGCAAGGAGGCUGAGGAGGCACAAGAGGAAGAGGAGCUGGACGAUUCGUUCCUCGGCGUUGCGCGGGAGAUCAUACGCGAAGAGGGCGUGACGGGCUUGUGGUUGGGUCUCAAGCCCGGUCUCGUACUGACUGUGAAUCCCGCGAUCACGUACGGCGCAUACGAGCGCGUCAAGAGCGUGUUGCUGCUGGCGAAGGAGAAGGCGGGCACGGGCACAAAGCUCGGUCCAUGGACGUCCUUCAUGCUCGGCGCGCUCAGCAAGACGCUCGCCACUGUCGUGACGUACCCGUACAUCAUGGCCAAAGUCCGCAUACAGACGCGCACCGUGGAUCUGGAAACGGCAGAGGAGGAGCAUGUCCCACCACCACCUCCGGGCUAUCAUCACAAGGGCACCAAGCACGCCGGUGCGCUGGACAUCCUCAUUCGCGUGUGGAGGCACCACGGGUUCCUUGGCUGGUAUCAGGGCAUGGGUGCACAGAUCACCAAAGCUGUGCUUUCACAGGCUCUGCUCUUCAUGUCGAAGGAGAAGUUUGAGCACUGGGCGCUCGCGAUCAUGCUUCUGUUCUAUAAACUCGGACGGCCGACGUCCUCAUGACCUUCGAAUGUGUCCAUAUUGUUUCGGCGUUAGACGAGUGCCUUGACAUACUGUAUAUUGCAUCGCGUACUGAUGAGGAAGUCAUUUCUGACGCAGGGCUGCGCUAUC